AUGCUUCAACGUCUUAUUGUAGGUCUCAUUAUCCCACUUCCAUGGAAGGUUCUGAACUCAGGAUCGGAAAACCAUCUCAGGCCCCUCAGCGAGCCGAAGGAAUUGAAGUUGAGAUUUGAUCGGAUUUUUCGAUUGACUAGAUUCGUCAAAGCAAUAGAGAUAAUGAAAAAGAUGAAGAAGGAUUACGAAAGUCAGCUAGCGACUCUUGUGGAGAAGCAGUCGUGCAAGGAAAUGGUGGUCAAGUCAAAAAUAAAGUAUGUGCAUCAACGAGACUCGUGCAAUUCCCUUCGGAAGCAGUCCAAGGAAUCGAUUCGUUCUCUGGAUACGAAAAUAAAAUUAUGCACUGAAGUCAUAGAGACUUCCAGUCAGAAGUUACUGGAAAUAGAAGAAUUGGAAAAGAAUGCAGAAAUUAAGAAAGCGGAGCUACGAAUGUUGAACGAACAGUUGAGUACGAUAAAAGUCGCUCCAUAUCCAGGUACCGAGAAGGAGCUGCGUGCAGAGAUACAGGAGAUCGAUUCCUCCACGGAAUUUCAAGAAUUGGAGUCAAGGCGUGAUCGUAUGCAAUCAAAUAUUGACUCUAUCUCAAGUGACAUAGUUAGAAUGAAAAAGGAAAAAGAAGAAGCUGAGAAUGAAAUGAGGGACGCUGCUAGCAUGAAAAUGAUGGAGAACGAUAUUCAGAAUGAUUUACAUAAUCUCGAACGUCAUCUAGUCGCCUCUCUCGGAUUCAGUGGUCCUGACUAUGCCGGUGAACUAAGGGAAAAGAUCUCUCUCGAAGAAAAUGAGUUGCAAAGUUUAAGACUUAUUUCUUUUGAAGAUGUCUCAGCUCAGGAAGCAUCAAACAUUGCACGAAGAAAAAACCUUAGCCAAGUGGAUGCCGCCCAGAUGGAACUCACUAGACUGACCUGUGAAGCAAAUGCUAUUUUGUCUUCUGUUGAACAGAGAAAAGGCGAUAUUGCCACCGAAGAAAGUAAACUGCUGGACGCGAAUGUGAAUCAACAGCAGCUCGAAGAAAUUUCGAAACAAAUCGACAAACUUGAGAUAGAACUUUCCAAGAUUCCACUUCUAGAAGAGCAACAUGUUGAAGAUUUGCAAAGUCGGCGCCAACGCCUACAGAAGGAGGUGGAGGGAUUGAGGGAACAAUGUCGGAUGGCAGAGACGAUCGCUGAAACUGAAGGUGCAGUUGAAAGAAAGAGCGCUCAAAGGGACGAAGUGAAACAAGAGUUGAAUGCACUGAUCGAGAAACACUCGGACUCUUUAACUCUGGAGUUUGGAAAAGUCCCCGAUGGUCCAUGGAGGUAA